UACCUACACUGUCUUUUUAAUGUAUGACAAUAACAGUAAUGUGCUUUGUAUGUCGAUUGUCUUGUGUUUUCUAUGGAUACAUUGCACACCAGGGAGUCUUCUCUACAGGUAAGGCGAGCUAUCCACGUUAUCAUUACUGUAUGUUUUCAUUACUGUGAGAUUUGCACACUGCAGAUAUUUUUGGCAUUUUGGCACCAUGUGAAUUAUGCCCCUCCCUGCUUAAUCUUUUUUUCGGCCUCACUUCUCCUUUAAAUCCGUGACCACCUGCUCUUCUGGCGUCAGCAUCGUCCGCGGGCGGCCCGCUGGCGAUCGAUCCGCCAGUGAGCCGCUGAGGGAGGAUGAUAUUUUAGGAAGAGCUCGCGGCGUGCAGGGGGGCAGAGAGGCACGGCCACCGACGAGAGGCAGGGCUGCUGAAGGCUGCUCUCGCAUGCGACCGUGAAGGAGCAGGAGCUGGAUACCAUAGCAACAGACGUGUCCCGUGUUUGUGUCCUGAAGAUGCCGCUCUGUUCUGUCCGGGUUGUACCGGAGUCUCGUUUCAAGGGAAGACGGGCAACUCCACCAUGGAUAUCACCAUGGAAGACCUGCUGCUCCAAAACAUCUUAGUGUUUAUACGACAAUAAUAAUCAGCCAUGUGCACCUUCUUUUGGGUUGACAUCUACUGAUAAAAGCUACUAUGGCUUUCUGUAAUGAAAGCCAGCUGGAGAAGUGUGACUUCAUGGAGCCGGAGGAGAGUAUGCCAUCAGAAGAUACGACUCCUCUGAUAUCAGUCACCCUGCGCGUGACCCUGGCAGCCAUAAUGAUCUUUAUGAUUACUAUCGGAUUCCUCGGCAAUGCAAUCGUGUGUCUGAUUGUUUACCAGAAACCUGCCAUGCGUUCUGCCAUCAAUCUCCUCCUCGCUACGUUGGCCUUUUCGGACAUUAUGCUCUCGCUGCUCUGCAUGCCCUUCACUGCAGUCACCGUCGCCACUGCUGACUGGAGCUUCGGUAGCGGGUUCUGCCGAGCCUCCAUAAUGCUGUACUGGCUGUUCGUGUUUGAGGGAGUGUCCAUCCUGCUCAUAAUCAGCGUGGACCGAUUCCUCAUCAUUGUACAGCGGCAAGACAAGCUGACCCCGCACAGAGCUAAGUUGCUAAUUGCCGGUUCAUGGGUGUUGAGCCUGUGUGUGUCCCUGCCGUCUGUAGUCGGCUGGAGGACGGGUGUGGCAGGUAUUGGGGGUGCCUGGGCACCGCAGUGUGUGCUGGGAUAUAGUGAGUCUCUGGCGGACCGUGCGUACACAGUGCUGCUGGCAGUCGCAGUAUUCUUCGUCCCAUUCGCUGUCAUGCUGUACUCCUACAUGUGCAUCCUCAACACGGUGCGCCACAACACCCUGCGCAUCCACAACCACACCAGUGAGCAUUCCUGCCUGCCAGCCCUCAACCAAGUCAGCAAAAUGAGACUAAGUGGGCUGCAGCGGCCUCCUCAGGUCAAAGUGGACAUGAGCUUCAAGACACGAGCCUUCACCACCAUCCUCAUCCUCUUUGUCGGCUUCUCGGUUUGCUGGUUGCCGCACACCGUGGUUAGCCUGCUGGCCGUGUUCAGCCGGCAGUUCUACUACAGCUCGGUGUUCUACCCGGUCAGCAUUGGCGCCCUGUGGCUCAGCUAUCUGAAGACGGUCUUCAACCCCGUCAUCUACUGCUGGAGGAUCAGAAAGUUCAGGGAGGCCUGUCAGGAGUUUAUUCCCAAAAGCUGCAGACUGUGUCCCAAAGUGCCCGGCAGGAGCCGCAGGAGAGUGAGGCCCAGUAACAUUUAUGUGUGCAGUGAGACUCAGUCAGCUGUGUGAAACAACGAGGAUGAUAGACGGACAAAUAUGCAGCUUUUGACACUUCUAUUAAAUGUUUAUACUCCUCAUAAUAAGCACUGAGACCGCUAAAGUACCUUAAAAGAAAAUAAUGGUUGUUCACCAAAUAAAUCUCACCACAGAAAGGACCUUUCCGUCAAAAAUCGAAUGCUUUUUAUAUGAUACAUUCAUUGAUGUUAUGCUACGGGGAAGGUAAUGUGAUACAGCCGAAAGCUCCUGCGUUGCUACCGAAGGGAUCUUGUGGUGGGUUUAUUUGGGGUAAUAUACAAAUAUUGAAAAUGUCAGUCUUAAGAUAUAUUGUAUGACUUUGCAUCAUGGCAGUUAUGGCUUCUGAAACUUAAGACCAUUCAAAAGAAGAAAAAAAUCAUAUCCUUCACUAUCCAUUAUUUCUACGUUUCAUAUUUUGUGUUUCAUUGGUUCAUUGUUGUCCUUCUGAUGCUUCAGACUGUAGACUCAAUGUUCAGUCUUUGAGUGCUAGUGGUGAUGAUUAUCCCGUUGUUAGUUAUGUGAUGGAUUUCACACACAUAAACACACGAUUUUAUUGCUCAGUGGUGUUAUGUGAGGAAAUUCUCAAAGCGUAAAAAAAACAUUUAAUUAAAUUUGUGCAGAAAUGAAACAUUUUGUCUGCUGGAAACUCUUAUUUUGGACCACAAGUGUGUCCUCAAAGACGAAUCUCAGUUAUUAAAGCCUGAAUGUUUGAUUGAUUGAUGAAACCAUGUCAGUAAAUACAUAGUUUUGAAAUGAAGUAACAUUAAUAGGCUGGAGAAGUUGAAUAAAUACAUGCUCCAACCAGCAGUGAGCUGCUUUUACAACUUAACUUAUAAACUAAGGAAACAUGUUGCAGAGUUACUACAGGACAUCUGUUCACUGCAUUUACCAUGUAAAUGGUAAAUGUCUGCAUUUAUAUAACACACAAUCACAUAUCAUAGAAGAUGUUGGUCUGACGAGUGCUAAUCGUGAUUGAAACUGUGUAUUGGCAAAAGGCACGUAACAGGAGUUAUAAAUAAACACCAGACAAAGGAA